CUGGAUUCAGCGAGGGAGGGUUCUGUCACUAUGGCAACAGCCACAACAAGCCUCCGGCUUGGCUAAAAGGCGGGGGGGCGGGAUCAUGGCGGGUCGGACCCUCGCUCUGCGCUAUGGCCCUCCCUGGCCCCCCAUCUCUGGGACCGAGGAUCCAGGAUCCUGGCCCGACUGGCAUCUCACCAGCAGUGGUGUCGCCCACCACAUCAUCCCAUCCGUGCCCUUUCGCCCGCCCACUCUCCAGUCCACGGUGGCGGAACCCCUGGCCCCAGCCGCCAAGCGGGGUCUGCACAUCUGGGCUUUCGACGAGGUCAUCAGCAGAUGGGAGACCACCUAUGGCGCGGCUCACGGGGUGCUCAAGACCCACGGCGGGCCCUAUGCGCAGCCCAAGGUCCCGAAGCCGAAGGACCUCGCGCGGUCUGUGGGGAUGAAGGAUUUUGGGGAAAAGCUCUCGCGCCGCGGCUGGUGCCUCCCGCUGACCACAAAGCACCAGAGCAGCGAGGAGCGGGCGCAGUACUCCGCGUGGCCCGACCUGCACCAGCGCGCCCGGCCCCUGCGGUUCGCCGACCACCACCUCACCAGCGCUUCCCAGACGCUCAUUCCCUGGAGGAUGAGCCCGGAGCUGGCCGGCCGGCCUUUCGUAGUGUCCAACCAGGGCAUCCUGGACCGCUUUCAGCUCUACCUGCCCACCUCUGCCGGCGACUUCCGAGCCUUUUCAAAGAAGGAGUUGUUACCCUGGGGCCACGGCCUCCAGCAGUCGCCCUGUCGACCCUCCUGUCGGGUGCCCCCGCCGCCGGUCGCUGGAGGGGUGCGCUCCAGACCCCUCCCUCGGCUCCCCCGUGAUGGGCAGAGACCUGCCAGCACAGCCAGGGGCUCCCUACCCCUCUCCCUGCCCCCGCACGACCUCUCCAGCGCCUAA